AUGUUUUACAAGACAGGAAUUACCGCUGGCUUAAUUGCAACGGUGGCAGCUGCUCCAGCUGCGGUCACCAAGAUCAUUGAACGCCAAGUCGAAAGCUCUGCUUCUGUCACAAGCUCUACAACAGCUUCUGCAGCUUCCGCUUCUUCUUCCUCACCAUUUCUUCCUUAUUCCUACAAUCAGCAACCAUCUGUGAAUAGUGCAGCAGUUUCAUCGGUCGCUUCAGUUGCCGGAAUUCCUGCAUCAGAAAUUCCAGGAGCUACUGACCCAGUCCCACCAGUCAUCAGUUCUCAAGUCACUGGUGUCACAAGUCAUGGCCCAUACAGUGGUACACCGACGACUACUGGAGCUUUAAGUACCAUUGCGCUCGCAAGUGAAGUACCAAUCUUGCCACCUAGACCAGCCGAGCAAACAUAUGUACCUGAUGGUACACUUCACGACCCACAGCCAAUUCCAUAUCAACCAGCUGGUGGUUUAGGGACAAAUGGCACAGAGCCUGUCUAUCGUGUUCAAUCUGAUUUUGAUUAUCAAUCAAUCCUCUUAGGUCUUUACCAAGAAUGGAUUGAGCUCGAUCUCUUCCAUCACAUUCUUGCCAGGUUUCCCGAAGAGGAAUUCACAGCUGCUGGUCUCACUCCUAGCGACAGACAUCUUAUCGAGUUCAUGGCAAAUCAAGAAUCGGGCCACGCUACUAUGCUUUCGAACUUGCUUGGAGGACCGGGAGGGGCAACACCACAAUGCACGUACAAUUAUCCUUUUACUACAGUUACUGAAGCAUUUGACUUUUGUCAAAAACUCACCAGAUAUGGAGAGUCAGGUGUUUGGGGUUUCCAAGCUCAUCUUGACUCACGUGAAGUUGCACAGCUUCUUGAUCAAUCCAUUGCCACCGAAGCUCGUCAGCAGAUUAUCUUCCGUCAAUUUUCAGGUCUUUUCCCCAUGCCAGUUUGGUUCGAGACGGGUAUUCCACAAUCAUGGGCUUGGACUCUUCUCGCACCAUAUAUUUCAUCUUGCCCUGCCAACUCUAAACGUCUUGUUUGGCAAAACUUCCCAGAACUUAAAAUUCUUAACCAACCAAACAUCGCUCGUCGCAAUGCUACCCAAACUGGUUUCAACGAAACUGCUGGAUUCGGUCCCGCUGCACCAAGUAACUCAAGUUUAGCACCAAUAGAUUCAUGCGUCGGUAAUAACGUAACUGGAUUUGAUUGCUCAGCGUCCAUUUCCCAAAACCGAUCAAUUCCCCUGUCCUACCCCGGUCGUGAAGUCUUCCUCCAAUGGGAAAACCCAGGUAAACCCGUCGGACCAAAUAACUCUUAUAUUACGGCCUCCAGCGCUGGAACAGCAGAAUGGGCAAUGUGGGUUUCGCAAUUGAAUAUCACUUAUUCACCUCUUCUCAACGUUACGACGAACAAUGGAGCUAAUUCGGCUAUGACGAUUCAACCUGAUGUUUCGACUUUCGAGGGUGAUCCAGCGAUUAAUGGGACGAUGUUUUUGGCACUGACCGAUACGAAUCAGACCUACUCGGCGUUUAAUUUAUCGAAUGUAAAUCCGCAUGUUGUUGCUUUGGCUAUGUACCAAGCUGGUUAG